AUGUUUGAGAGAAUAACGAAGGAACAUGCAGAAAACGCUGCGAAAAUGAAUAAGGCAAUGUCUAAUUUCGCAGAGGUUUGUAAAACAACGACCAAAAAAGUUGAUAAACUAAUCUCUGAAGCAACUGCAUUUAUGGAGACUUACCGAACCACCUACAACAACAAUACUGCAUCUGUGAAUGAAGCUCUUCAGCAACUGGGCUCUAUGUUCAAAACUGAGAAGUACGAACCUGUUAUGACCCGUCUGCAACUGAUGAUCAAGUUGUAUAGUCAUGAAGUUGGUUUGUUGGAUGUAGAUAUUGUCACUGUUUUGAGAAAGAAGCCGAGCGUUGUUCCCAAGGAAGCUCCAAAGGACUACGAAAAGUUAAAACCAAGGAAGAUAUAA